AUGCCCCAAACUCGGCCCAUCCUACCCCGAGAGGAUUAUGUGCAAUCGCCUCAACCCCCAAACCACUCUUCUCGAAAGCGGUAUGCCGCACCUGAUACUAUGAUGCGGCAAAGAAAUCCAACGUUUCUCAGUGGAGCGCGGCUUGGAUUGUAUGGCAAUGCCACCCCAGAGGCUCUUGCAAAGCCCGAUCCAAUCCUCUACCCAGGAUCCUGUGCUCGACGACUGGAAAAUCUGGAACACAAGAGCCAUCAGGCGAAAAGUGAGCUCAUGCGAUCCAUCAGUGCAGACAUCAGCGCAACGUUCAUCUGCAUAAAGCAACACAUCGAAGCAGGCACACUCUCUGGCGACCAGACCGAUGUGAUCGAAGACGCGACCCAAGCCAUUUACGAGACCGAUAUCAGAAUGCGACGCUCGUUGAAACGGGAUGUGCGUCGCCUGCGCAAGGAGAGGAACUGGUCUCAACGGCAAUACUGCAAGUUGGCUGCGCAACUGGAUUCGCUGGUCAAUGCAUACGAGACGAAAGUCCAAGGGCUGACGACAACAUUGCAGGAGAUGAAUGGUGAGGUCCAGCAGUUAAGAGAAGAAAGGGAUCUGUUGCUGGCAUCCUUGCAGGCGAGAGGGCCGCAUGUUCCCCAGGUGAAUGAAGAUGGGGGUGAUGGAGAUGAGCCAGGAAAAUAG